UCUUUUGAAGUCAAUCACAUUGUGUUUGCCUUGGGCUUGGGCAGUGGCACAGGACGAAUUCCAGAUAUCCCAAGGCAGGAUGAGUUCGAGGGACGGAUAUUACAUGCUAGCAAACACAACUUUGCUACUGACCACGCAGGGAAAAAGGUAGCUGUUGUUGGGGCAUGCACAUCUGGUAAAGAUCAC